GCUGUUUAGAUAAGAACACUUGACAAUUGACUGCCACCGUUGCAGCAGGACAUCAUGGCAGAUCUUGGCGUCAGAGCAGGAGACACUGUGCUGUUUGUUUGGGCCCAGCCCUCAGCACCUGCAGCCCUGAAACAAUAUGCAGAGGAGCUGGGUGCUGCUGUUGGUGCACAUGGAAGAGUGUCAGUGGAGAACAUGGAAAGACUGUUGCUAUCCUCCCAUUCUGCGUCCACCUUCGACUGGGUGCUCUCCAGCCUGUUGGCCGACAGCUCCUCCGUCCACAGCUUAGAGACUCUGGCUGAGAUGGCCCGAUUGCUCAAACCUGGUGGGAAGAUAGUUCUGGAUGAAGCAAUUACUGGAGCUGAGACACAGAGUGUGAGGACUGCUGACAAGCUGACAUCAGCUCUGAAGUUGUCGGGCUUCAUGUCUGUGACAGAGGUCAGUAAAGCAGAAUUGAGUCAAGAGGCUUUGAGCUCGCUCAGGACGGUCACCAGUUACCAAGGAAACACGCUGUCUAGACUCCGCAUAUCUGCCUCCAAACCCAGCUAUGAGGUUGGAUCAUCCAGCCAGAUUAAACUGUCAUUCGGGAAAAAAACACCCAAGCCAGCAGAGAAACCUGCUCUGGAUCCCAACACUGUCAAGAUGUGGACACUGUCAGCCAAUGACAUGAAUGACGAUGAUGUGGACAUGUUAGACUCUGAUGCUCUGCUGGACGAAGAUGACUUGAAGAAACCGGAUCCAGCUUCCCUUCGGGCCCCCAGCUGUGGAGAAGGAGCUGAAAAGAAGAAGAAAGCCUGCAAAAACUGCACGUGUGGUCUUGCUGAAGAGUUGGAUCAGGAGAGUAAAGGACAACAAAAGACAGACCUCCCAAAGUCUGCCUGUGGAAGUUGUUACCUUGGUGAUGCGUUCCGAUGUGCCAGCUGUCCGUACAUGGGGAUGCCAGCGUUCAAGCCCGGACAGAAGAUCGUAUUGGACAACACUUCGCUGACGGACGCUUGAUACCGCAGAGUUCACACCUUUAUCCCAUAUGCUUCAUACCAUCACAUUCCCUAUCGUUCCCUCCAUCCUGAGAUGGCCCUGAAGAAAACACUGGCUCUGCAACAGGGACUUGUGUAAAAACGUCCUCUUCUUUGGACAUCACUUCUGAUCCUUGUCUGUCUUGAGCUCAGUGGGCAGGCUUCUGUUUGAUGUGAUAAGUUUCAAAUUACAAUCCAUAUCCAUCCAGUGUUGAUCGCCAUACUGUUUGUUAUAUCACAACAGUGGCAACAGGAAGUAGCUUCUCAAAGAAUGUCUUAGUUUGAGUUGGCUUUGCAGCUUUGACAGUGUGAAAACUGAAAUCACCUGGAACGUUUAAAUGCACUGAAUAGUUCUGUUCAUUUGCAUCUGAUGAUUGAUGUAGUAAUAGUAUACACAACUAUAGAGAAUAUAAAACUUGUUCACCAAAACAAUUGAUGCAUAGAGAUACAGAUGUACUUCAAGCUUAUUUGUGUAUAUAAAGGCAAACAGUUUGGCAAUAA